UGCCGACAGCAACAAUUAACAGGGGUGGGGGGAGAAACAUCUUCUCCAGCACGGAUUUGUCGGAGAUCUCCAGUGUGAAGCCGCUCACGUCCAGCUGCGGCUUGCGUUGCGCCGUCAUCAUGUCAGAGAGCGGCGGCGCGCGGAGAACACAGCGGAUGUGACACCUGCUCCGCCGCUCCACACUUACACUACCGGAGGCCAUAUUUGGGGCGGGUAAAGCCAAGACAGUCGGAAAACAUCUGGGCCGACCUGCUGAGUCGCGAUCCGAGUUCAACAGUCUGCGGCCAUUGAGACGGGUUUUCUCGGCUGAAGCGGCGCGCGUGCAGCCGUAAUGCGGACACGCGCGGAGAGAGAGAGACGCGAAGAAGCAUCGCGCGCAAGUGAGGCUCGCGCAGCAGAGGCUCCUCGUAGCUGGACGUCUGUUACUCCGGUGGACAUGGGAUCCCGUUCGUAUUGUUUUAUUUAGGCGUCGUUCUCCGCUCGGCUAUUUCGGUCAACCCUAAAGGAGCGGUCCUCAGAGAGACUGGGCGAUCAUGCUGUAUCGGGGGGAAUAACAGGAUUCGGUAGGGAAGAGGGGCGGUGUGCCGCACGAAGCCAAAGCCUCAUAUCUACACAAGGGGUGGCAUUAUAACUGCAAAACCAGAUGGAGACCCUAAUUGUUUAUUUGAUGGUCAUGAUUAUGGCAGUAAAAGCCCAGAAGAUCCAAAUAUGUCCCAAACGUUGCAUUUGUCAAGUUUUGCCUCCCAACCUAGCCACGUUAUGUGACAAAAAGGGGUUGCUUUUUGUUCCCCCAGACAUUGACAGACACACAGUUGAACUGCGACUUGGUGACAACUUUAUCACAACUGUCAAACGGAAGGACUUUGCUAACAUGACCAAGCUUGUAGACUUGACACUCUCCAGAAAUACAAUAGGCUCUAUCACACCUCACGCUUUCAAUGAUCUGGAGAACUUGCGUGCCCUCCACUUGGACAGCAACCGUCUGACACGAAUCACAAACGACACAUUUAGUGGCAUGUCCAAGCUCCAUCAUCUUAUUCUGAACAACAACCAGCUCACGUAUAUUCAUAUAGGAGCCUUUAACGACCUUUUGGCCCUCGAAGAGCUUGAUCUCUCCUACAACAAUCUAGAGAGUGCCCCAUGGGUAGCCAUCCAGCACAUGACUAGCCUGCACACAUUAAGUCUGGACCACAACAUGAUAGACUAUAUACCUGAGGGGACAUUUUCAGGCCUCAUGAAACUCAAACGUCUGGAUGUCACUUCCAACAAGCUUCAGAAGCUUCCACCUGAUCCAGUCUUCCAGCGUGCAGGUGUUCUGGCCACAUCUGGUGUUCUGGGUCCAUCUUCAUUUGCGUUGAGCUUUGGGGGGAACCCAUUACGCUGCAACUGUGAGUUGCUGUGGUUGAGGAGACUACGGCGUGAGGAUGACCUGGAGACCUGCGCUGCUCCACAGCACCUUUCGGGAAGAUACUUCUGGACGGUCUCUGAAGAGGAGUUCUUGUGUGAGCCUCCUCUAAUCACACGGCAUUCCCAAGAGACCCGGGCAUUAGAAGGCCAACAUAUUACCCUACGCUGUAAAGCACGGGGUGACCCAGAUCCUGUUAUUCACUGGAUUGCCCCUGAUGGUAGACUGGUAUCCAACUCAACUCGAACAGUGGUGCACACUGAUGGGACACUAGAUAUCAUUAUCAGCACAGUCAAAGAUUCUGGAUCGUUCACAUGUGUGGCAUCCAACCCUUCUGGAGAAGCACAGCAGACUGUUCAGCUAUUUAUAAUUAAACUGCCACAUUUCACUAAUGACACAAGUUUGGUACAGGAACCAGAUCCUGGCUCCUCAGAUAUUGCUACAUCCACCAAAUCAGGUGGAGAUGGAGGCACUGCCAUUAGCAACACCAAAUCUGGGCAGGAGAAACGUGUAUUGAUUUCUGAAAUUACAUCCUCUGCUGCUUUGGUGAAAUUUAAUUUACAACGAAAUAUACCAGGAAUUCGAAUGUUCCAAAUCCAAUACAAUGGCACCUAUGAUGACUCGCUAGUCUACAGAAUGAUCCCUCCAACUAGUAAGAGCAUCCUGGUGAACAACUUGGCAGCUGGGACAUCGUAUGAUCUCUGUGUGCUUGCAAUUUAUGAUGAUGCAAUGACCACUCUCACAGCUACCCGUGUGGUAGGGUGUGUUCACUUUGCAACAGAGCCCCAAUAUCUCCGGUGUCACUUCAUGCAAUCACAGUUCCUUGGAGGUACCAUUGUUGUCAUCAUUGGAGGUAUCAUCGUGGCCUCAGUCUUGUCUUUCAUCAUCUUCCUUAUUGUACGUUAUCGAGUGUGCAACCAGGAGGGUGAAGACAAAGGAGUAGAGCUAGGAGAAAUUCAUUCUCAAUCCAGGAGUGAGCAGCUGCAGGUCUGCGGAAUCAUCAAGUCCAUGUCCAAGCAGGUUCUGGGUGUGGAGAAGGACGCAAUUCGGAAGGUUUCACCACAGCUGGAGUCAAUGCCCACAUUAGGUUCUACACCUGGGCCUUGGCCCUCUAAACCUGCCCUUCCUGACUGCACCGUUACUACCUCUGCUGCCAGUCACAGCUGGCAUCCUGCCUCUCCCAACUCCCAACGUCCCAUGCAUGCUGCCUCACACAAACCUGCAGGCCCUCAAAAACAAGACCCACAAAUAAGUGUGGAACUUGACAACACCAACAAAAACAAUUCUGCCAAAGCUCGUCCCAAAUCUGCCCAAAUACGAGCCUACUCUACCACAGUGGUACCAAUAUCCAGAAGGCCACAGCCCGAGCACUCACGUUACAUGACUGUUCCAGUAGGGUGUAUGAGAGUGAGUCGCAGACACUCUUUAAAUGUAGACUCCUGUAAGCAGACCAGCUAUGGGAGUCUCCCGCUGCAGACUGGCAGCCUUCGCUCAAAACGUAGCCUGUCCAUGAGCGGUGGAGAUCUUCCGCAGCUGGACGUUUCAGCCAAAAUCCAUGGAAAAGACUCACUGUCCAGGUCAGAAUGGGUUCUAGAAAGCACACUUUAAUGAGGUUUUUUAUAACCUUAUCACACUGGUUUUUGGUAGACUUACAGACCAUUUUAUUAUCAUAGGUCAGUAAAAAACUCAAAUAUUUUAAAAGUAUCUGUUUUUUGUCUUGGACAUGGCACUCUUACCUAGUGGGGAAAAAAGGCAACAGACUUAUCAAUGUUUUAUUUUGAUUUUGAUUUUGAUUUUUUUUAAAACAAAAUACCAUUUUCUGCAUAUACUUAAUAAUGCAGUUGACAUGUAUAUUACUUUGCUAUAUGGAGUAAUCCAUACAGUACAUCCUGUAUAAACAUGUUAUGUUGUGUAAAAUAAAAUGUAAAAAGCCCUUUGUUUUUAUCUGAUAUUUAAACAGUAAAGAUUGCCAAUAAAACUAAUUUGAGAUGUGAUCAGUAAUUGGCAAUGCAUUUAGUGAAUAUAAAUAUUUAUUUGCUAAACAUCACCCUGUAAUCAAUAUUGCUCCUGUUUACACUCCAUUGUCAGUGUUCUGUCCAAUAAUUGUUCUGAAGCCAUCCAAACAUGAUAUGACAGCUUUAAUCCCUGAAUAAUUCUACAGAAAUGUACACUGUACAGCUGGAAUUGUCUUAUUUAAUAGUAGGCAGGUG